ACUGCACGUGGCAUUGCUGCGAUCGUGUCAGCUCAUGAACGCCCUAUUUGGUUUGCUUCUUCCAUUUUACCUGAUGAUGAGCGUGUCUCUGUCGCUGCUCUGCACCGUGGCCUUGGUGCAGUCCGGCCGAGGCGCGGACAGCUUCGCCGUGCGUUCCUUCUCGCUGCUCUUUGUCUUCUUCGUGACCAUGUGCGUGGCCGGGCAACGCGUCGAAGACGCCAGCCAAGGCAUUGGUACGGCCAUCUACAACGGACCGUGGCUGGAGGAAGACGUCCGAACGCGCCGAUCCAGGUUCUUGUCGAUGGCGCUGUGUUCCCGCCCCGCAUGCUUCAAGCUGCCGGGGGUGGGCGCCAUGAAUCACCCUCUUUGCCUAGACGGCCUGCGGUCCUGGUUCCAGUUUUUUCAAGUUCUCCUCAAUCUCAAAACGAAGUAA